CUAGGAGUGUGUACUGGCUAUGGCCAACAAAUGGUAACGCAUACCCGCCGCUCCGAACUAGUUCCGGUUCUCAAAGCAACCCUGCGCGGCGAUGCUCGAACUGUCAACGCCACUUCCGCCUUCUUUCCGUGCGGUUCUUAAACAUGACUGGUUUAACGAACAGGACCGUUGUUAUUGAUGGUCGCGGCCAUCUGCUCGGCCGCCUGGCCUCUGUGGUUGCCAAGUACCUGUUGCAGGGCGGCAAGGUCGCCGUCGUCCGCUGCGAGGAGCUGAACCUCUCCGGACACUUCUACAGGAACAAGAUCAAGUUCCUGGCCUACCUGCGCAAGCGGUGCAACGUGAACCCGGCCCGUGGUCCCUUCCACUUCCGCGCCCCCUCCCGGAUCUUCUACAAGGCCGUCCGAGGCAUGAUCCCACACAAGACCAAGCGUGGCCAGGCUGCCCUCGCCCGUCUCCGUGUCUUCGACGGUAUCCCAUCGCCCUACGACAAGCGCCGCCGCGUCGUCGUGCCCAUCGCCAUGCGCGUGCUCACCCUGCGCUCCGACCGCAAGUACUGCCAGGUCGGCCGUCUGUCGCACGAGGUCGGCUGGCACUACCAGGACGUGGUCAAGAGCCUGGAGCGCAAGCGCAAGGCCAAGCUCCGCGUCACCCUCAAGCACAACCGCGAGCUGAAGAAGCUGACGGUCAAGGCGCGCGAGAACAUCGCGAAGGCCGCCGAGCCCUUCAACAAAAUCAUCAAAUCCUACGGCUACGAGGUUUAAGGACAACAACAAGGGCAAAAUUACGUACGUUCAGAUGCGUAGCAGUUUUUUAAAAGAGAAUAAAACAACAUCUAGUUUAAAAAACAAA